AUGAAUAUCGUCCGACGCAUCGUCAAGCGUUUGCCGUCUGCGCCGGCGCUGGCAUCUCUAGAAGAUGUAUCACGCGAGAAGGGUAGCAGAUUACAUCCGUCCUCUUCGGGCGUGCUCGUCCCAGCUGGGUCACCUCCGUCUAUCAGACGAAUCAGCGAAGAACAUGACAAGGUCUUUGCGACAGGAUGUGUGGAUAUCGACGAAAAAGCAAUCGCGGCCGCACCUCGAGCCAAUGCCGCAUUCGUCGUACUCGCACGUAACAAAGAACUCGAGGGUGUCAUUCAGUCUGUCAAGUCAAUUGAACGCCAUUUCAACAGAUGGUGGCAUUAUCCGUACGUUUUUUUGAACGAUGGAGAUUUCGACAACGAAUUCAAAGACACCAUUCAAAAUUACACCAGCGCCCCCGUUGAGUUUGGCAAGAUCGAUGAUAGCAUGUGGGGGUAUCCUGACUGGGUAGACCAUGAAGUCGCCAAGGAGGGAAUUAGGAAACAAGGGGAUGCCGCUAUUAUGUAUGGUGGUAUGGAAAGUUAUCACCAUAUGUGCAGAUUCUACUCUGGCUUCUUCUACAAGCACCCCCUACUGUUGAAGUACGAGUGGUACUGGCGGUUGGAGCCCGAGAUCAAGUACUUCUGUGACAUUACAUAUGACCCUUUCCUGAAAAUGGCAGAGGCCAACAAAACGUAUGGUUUUACGAUCGCUGUCAAGGAGCUUCGAGAGACUGUUCCGAAUAUUUUCCGUUAUGCAUCGGCGUACAAACGUGUCAACGGUCUAGAAUCGAAAGGCCUUUGGGAGAUGUUCGUUGAAAAACCUCCACAAGAUGAAGAGAAGGACGACGAAAAGAAAGAACCCAUUCCUGAAGAGCUUGACGAUAUCAAACCUCCAGAGAUCGAUAAAGAGACUAUGGAGGGCGAAAAGUAUAACAUGUGUCACUUUUGGAGUAAUUUCGAGAUUGCUCGAUUGGACUUCUUCCGCAGCAAAGAGUAUGAAGACUUCUUUGAGAUGAUGGACCGCAGUGGAGGCUUCUGGAUGGAACGGUGGGGUGAUGCGCCAAUUCAUUCCUUGGCCGCUGGUGCACUACUUGCACCUCGUGACAUCCACUACUUCCGAGACUUUGGCUACCGCCACACGACGAUUCAGCACUGCCCAGCGAACGCACCAGCUCGGCAAUUACCUCGCAUUCCGUUUCUGGAAAAGACGACUGAAGACGAAAAGAAACGGAUUGAAGAAGACGACUACUGGGCCACACCCGACCCCGUCAAAGAGAACGGAGUGGGUUGCCGAUGCAGAUGCGAUACAGACAUUGUCGACGUCGAAGGGAAACAAGGAAGUUGCCUGGCAGAAUGGGUCGAAGUUGCAGGCGGCUGGGCCUCCCCUUGA